AUGUCUUUCAGAAUGAACAUCAGCAACCUGCUCAACCCAACUCGGGACUCAGCCAAGUGUUCGAGGAGUAACACGACGAAGCAGAGUCAGUUUUGGGCCGGGCCUCCCGCUCAGGUUUCGUAUGGCCCCAGGCCCCAGCCUGCCAAGUACAACGUCCAGCAGGGCAGACAGAACCUCAGCAAGCUUGGCAACAUGCUUGCCAGCCUCCCUCCUGUUUCUACCCCCAACGGUAAGCCCAGGUACGACUUUCAAAAGUCUCAGAAGAACAUCCGUACUCUGAGCAACAUGUUGGAAAGCAUGUCCGCCCCUUCCAAAAAGAGGUAA